GUUGUUUCUUGAGUGUUAUUCGGGAUUUUGCGGCUUUUGUGUGUUUGUGCAGUUUUGCGAUGAAAAUAUUGCAUUAAUAUUAUUACGGAUGUGAUGUUUACAUUAACUUCACGGAAAUGAUCUUUGGAAUUAUCAGGGAUUUGGAGGGUGCCUAUGAUUCUGACCAUGCAAGAAUAUUGAUGCACUAUUUAUAACAUUGAUCGUGCUGAAUCUUACUUGGCGUCUUUGUUGCCCAGUAACAGCGAUCUGAAAUAAGUCUGUCUCUGCGUUCGAGCAUCAUUUCUGCCAGAUACAUACAUCAAUAUCUAGGUAUUAAUAAUUUAUGAUCCAUCUGGUGAAGCAAAGGCAUCGAUUUUACUGGAGAUGGCACAUUCACAAAAUGUUAAUUGUAGUUUGGACGACAUUGAUCUCAAUGCUCUGAAGGACCCGGCCGGCAUCUUCGAUCUGAUAGAGGUGAUCGGCAAUGGCACCUACGGACAGGUGUACAAGGGCCGUCACACCAAGACGGGACAACUGGCUGCCAUCAAAUGCAUGGACAUCACAGAGGACGAGGAGGAGGAGAUAAAGCUGGAAAUCAAUGUGCUGAAGAAGUACUCGCACCACCGGAACAUCGCUACCUAUUACGGCGCCUUCAUCAAAAAGUCGCCGCCCGGAAAGGACGACCAGCUAUGGCUGGUGAUGGAGUACUGCGGAGCCGGAUCUGUCACCGACCUCGUCAAAUCCACCAAAGGCAGCUCACUCAAGGAGGAGUGGAUCGCCUACAUUUGUCGCGAGAUGCUUCGCGGCCUCAGCCACCUGCACGCCUGCAAAGUGAUUCACCGCGACAUCAAGGGACAAAAUGUGCUGCUCACGGACAACGCCGAAGUCAAACUCGUGGACUUUGGCGUGAGCGCGCAGCUGGACCGCACCAUCGGCCGGCGCAACACGUUCAUCGGCACGCCCUACUGGAUGGCGCCCGAAGUGAUCGCCUGCGACGAGAACCCGGAGGCCACCUACGACAACCGCUCUGACCUGUGGUCGCUGGGCAUCACGGCGCUGGAGAUGGCUGAGUCGCAGCCGCCGCUCUCCGACAUGCACCCGAUGCGCGCGCUCUUCCUCAUCCCGCGCAACCCGCCGCCGCGGCUGAAGACCAAAAAGUGGAGCAAGAAGUUUCAGAGCUUCAUUGAGACGACGCUCAUUAAGGACUACCACCAGCGCGCCUACACCGAUCAGCUGCUCAAACACCCGUUCAUCAAAGACCAGCCGACUGAGAGGCAGGUGCGCAUCCAGCUCAAGGACCACAUCGACAGGAUGAAGAAACAUAAGGCGCAAAGGGACCGCGAGGAGAGCUUCAAUUACUCGGGUAGCGACAACGACGACGAGGAGGAGCAGGCGGCCACGGCCGGAGAGCCCUCGUCCAUCGUCCAGGCGCCCGGCGAAAACACGCUCCGCAAAAACUUCCAGCAGAUCCAGGAGGGUCGCGCCGCCGCCGCCGCCGAGGAGCGCGAUCGGCGCCGCCGAGAGGAGGCGUCGGCGCCCGGGCGUCCGCCGCCGCCGGCGCGCUACCCGGACGGCCAGCAGCCGCCACCGCCGAGCCGGCCGCUGCCGCCGCCGCCGGCGCCGGCGCCCGCUCGGCACAGCCAGAUGUACAAGCCGGCGCAGCGCAGACCGGAGCCGGCGCCCCGCCGUCCACAGGACCUGGACGUGCUGUCGGCUCAGCUGCAGGAGCUCGGAGGACCGUCCAACGGCGCCGCGCCGCCGCCUCCAGCACAGGACGACAGCAGCGAUGAGGAAUUGGAGCCGGGACCGGCGCGCAACGACGGCACUCUGCUCGCCUCCGACUCGCCCAAACCACUCGCCCAGUGGCAGAGUUCGGAGCGCGACACGGAGCGCGGAGAGGUGGCUGCCAGGAGGCCGCCCAGCCAGCCGCCGAGCCGGCCUUUGCCGCCCACCCCGGACGAGGAGGGCGACGCCGGCACUCUGGUGAUGCGGAGGCAGCGCUUCUCUGAACACGAGCAACUGCUGCGUGACUGGGACAUGAAGCGCUUCUUCCCGGCGGUGAGCGGGCCGGCCCGGCGUCACCGCCGGCUGGAGUCAGAGUCAGCCGUGUCGGCGGCGCCGCAGCGCUCCCGGGAGGCGCCCGAGCCGGGCACGGCCGGCCGACUGCGCCAGUGGGUGCGCCGCCGAGAGAAGACGGACCUGGAGCUGACGGCGACGCGCAGCGCGGCCGGCGCCGCCGGCCUGGCCAAGUCAUGCUCGGAGCCCGCCCCGUUCGAGAGUCGCGAGGAGCAGCGUCACCGGCACGCCGACUCGUCACCGGGGCCGGCCGGAACGCCGGUGGCGCGGACCAGCACCGUGAUGCCCGACCUGCUGCCGACGAAUGCCAGUCCCGGCAACGGUCGUCAUCUGGACAAGUCGACCUCCGAGGAGUAUCGCUCGGCCGUCGGCCUGGCUGCUCAGCCGUCCCUCCAAUUGCAGAAUAAGCAGCGGUCUUUCCUGACAUUCGGUUUCGGCGCCGGCGGCAGCGGCCGCCGCGAGAGUCACAUCAAUGUGAACGUCACACCCACCGGUCACGAGGUCAGCUCCGCCGAUACGCCCGAAAUUCGCAAGUACAAGAAGCGCUUCAACUCUGAGAUCCUGUGCGCCGCACUCUGGGGCGUGAAUCUGUUGAUCGGCACUGAAAACGGCCUGAUGCUGCUGGACCGUUCCGGCCAGGGGAAGGUCUACCAGCUCAUCUCUCGCCGGCGCUUUCAGCAGAUGGAGGUUCUCGAGGGCCAGAACAUUCUGGUGACCGUCAGCGGGAAAAAGAACAGAGUGCGCGUCUACUACCUGAGCUGGCUCAAGAACAAGAUCCUGAAGUCGGAGUCGCAGCUGGAGAGAAGGAAUGGGUGGAUCAAUGUUGGCGACCUCAACGGCGCCGUCCACUUCAAGAUCGUCAAGUUCGAGCGCAUCAAGUUUCUUGUGAUCGCCCUGCGUGACAGCAUCGAGAUCUACGCCUGGGCGCCGAAGCCCUACCACAAGUUCAUGGCGUUCAAGAGUUUCGGUGAGCUGGCACAUCGGCCACUACUGGUCGACCUCACAGUCGAGGAUAACACCCGGCUCAAGGUCAUUUACGGCUCGUGCGACGGCUUCCACGCGGUGGACCUCGACUCAGCUACCGUGUACGACAUCUACCUACCGAAACACGCGCAGGGUCCCAUCGUGCCGCACACCAUCGUCACGCUGCCAAAUACCAGCGGCAGCCAGCUGUUGCUCUGCUACGACAACGAGGGGGUCUACGUCAACACCAGCGGCAAGGUUUCCAAGAACAUAAUCGUCCAGUGGGGCGAGAUGCCCACUUCUGUGGCGUACAUUGGCACCGGCCAGAUUAUGGGCUGGGGAAACAAGGCCAUCGAGAUCCGCUCCGUCGAGACGGGUCACCUGGAUGGCGUGUUCAUGCACAAAAAGGCGCAGAAGCUCAAGUUCCUGUGCGAGAGAAACGACAAGGUGUUCUUCUCCUCGGCCAAAGGUGGCUCCGCCUGCCAGAUCUACUUCAUGACACUGAACAAGCCCGGUAUGGCCAACUGGUGAGAUGGUGUCGAGACGCCAGAGCCCGGGGGUGGCGGCGCACCCGUCACCGGCGGAGACCACCGGGCCCUAGCCGACGCCAGUGCCGCAGGUGCCGGCUGCUCUGGGCAGAUGACCGCGGCGUGAGCGGCUGAGAGCGUGCCGUGCGCACCAGCACACCGAGCUGUUAAAAGUACCAUGUGAGCGCUAGCAGUGCCGGUUUAGCGGCAGUGUCGGCGCUGCCGUGCCCGCGGCUUCUCUGUGCCACCGUCUGUGAGGGCAUCAUGGGCGAAGCUCUAGCGACGCUGAAUCCCGCUGCACGUACAUUAGUCAUAGGCUGUAUUUGUGCGGCAUUGGGUCUAACGGACCUGUCUAAGCCGCUCGGCUACGACUCACUCUAGUUCACUCUACGCAACCCAUCGUGUCAUUCUGCGACUCUCUCUCUCUCUCUCUCUCUCUCUCUCUCUCUCUCUCUCUCUCUCUCUCUCUCUCUCUCUCUCUCUCUCUCUCUCUCUCUCUCUCUC